AUCUUGCUGCUCCCUGAUACUCACUCCAGCUAACCUCUUGUGAUACACCAGCUCUGCACAGGUCCUGGUUGUGCAUCCCACUACUCCUGUCGAGCAACUGAGAUACUGUGUCGAGCACUUUCAGUUCCGUUUCACUGGCCUGUGGAAAGAACCAGUUGAGUAAGGGUCAAUUCUGCUAUCUGCAUGACGCUUAUCCACCUAUACCGGAAGUACAAGAGGUGGAAUCCUGUGCACCCGACGCUCGGAGCUUUCUGGGGUUUCGGCGUCGGUUUGGGUUGCGGCGUGGGAUGGGGUCCGGGGUUCGGGCCAGAGGUGGUCGGAUACGUGGGUGCGGGUUGCGGCGUCGGCUUUAACAUUGGCGUUACGCUCAUCGGCGUCGGGAUUGGUCUCCCCGCCAGCGAUUUUGCAAGAUUGCCAUGCGAUGCCGCCUUCUACGCUGGCGACAAGGCCGUCAAGUUCGCCGGCGGCACGGUCGUGCCAGCGUUAGACGUCGCAGCGAGGAGCGGGUGGCAGCAUGCCGUGGAAGGCACGUCGUCGUGGCGACGGUCGUUAAAGCAAUGGGGGCCGCGCGUGGAGCUGGAGAAUAAGUGGCAUCAGCACAACCUGGCGUUCCAGGACUUCUGGAAGGCCGCUGCGUCGACGGUGCUGGCUGCUCACACCGUGGAACGCGCCAUCAUGCGGAGAUAACGACUGGCAAGCCGGCAACCCUGGCGUGGGGUGGGGACCAGACAGUUACCAGAUGCUGGAAGACUAAAGAAUUGAUUUCAGAAAUUUCUCGCUGUAAGGCAGACUGACUUGAGCAGUGCCAGUAAGGACACGGACUGCUGCGGUCCGGCAAGGCUCACAUCACAGACACGGCAGAGCACAGGGGCAACCAGCACGCCUUCUCAUCCUUCAAAUUCGUUUCUUUUUUCUUUGCUUCCCCUUCUCCAGUUUCCAGCCAUCUUUAUUCGCAUGCUUCUGGUGACUCCUGGCUGUGCCAGUUUGUGAUGCUUUGCAUGUGUAUAAAUGUGUUGCAAGGAAGCCCAGUUCCUGAGUUGAAAUGUAGA